UAAUAUAGGCCUACCCACUUCGUGUCGCAGGCUGAAGCAUUGUCGUGGAGGAUUUGGAACGAAUCGGAAAGGCUGUUUAUUCAUUUUUCAGUCAUAACAUUAGUCUAUUAUUUGUCGGAUCUCUAUUUAUAUUGGUGUUUAACUGUAUUUCUUCUUACGAUCGACGUCAUCAUAAUGUUUCCUGAAUCUAACGCUGCUCCGGGGUACACGUAUGAUGAGUGCAAAGCCACAGCUGAUUGGCUACUUAGCCAGCUGUCUAUGCGCCCCCUUGUGGGCAUCGUGUGUGGCUCUGGGCUCGGACGCCUGGCCGACAGCCUGAAGGACCAGGUGGUCUUCAAGUACAGUGACAUCCCCAACUUUCCCAAAAGCACAGUGCAUGGCCACGCUGGCAGAUUGGUGUUUGGAACUCUGAAGGGGACAUCAUGCGUGUGUAUGCAGGGACGUUUUCAUCUCUAUGAGGGUUACCCCAUUCAGAAGAUCACGCUGCCCAUCCGAGUGUUCAAGCUGAUGGGAGUGGAGACCGUGAUCCUGACCAACGCGGCCGGAGGCCUCAACCCAGACUACAGGGUGGGAGACGUCAUGAUCAUCAAGGACCACAUCAACAUGCCGGGAUUCGCCGGUGUCAACCCUCUGGCCGGCCCUAACGAGGACAGGUUCGGAGUGCGUUUCCCCUGUAUGUCUGAUGCCUACAACCGUAAGCUGGUGCACCUGGCCCACCAGGUGGGGACGGAGCUGGGCUUCGAUGAGUUCCUGCGCGAGGGCGUGUACUGCGUGCUGGGUGGGCCGUCCUUUGAGACUAUCGCAGAGUGCCGCAUGCUGAACAAGCUGGGAGCUGACGCCGUCGGGAUGAGCACUGUCCACGAGGUGAUCGUGGCGCGUCACUGUGGCAUGCGUGUGUUUGCCCUUUCACUCAUCUCCAACCAGGCGGUGAUGGACUACGAGAGCGAGGAGCGGGCCAAUCACGAGGAGGUCCUCCAGACCGGUGACGAGCGUGCCAAGCAGCUGGAGAUGUUUGUGUCCACCUUCGUCUCCCGCCUGGAGCACGCCAGCAAUGGCACAAACUGAGCACGCUCCAAUCUACUAGAUGCUACAACGCAUGACACAGCAUAAAAAAUAUACAAAAAAAAAAAAUAAUAAUGCAUACUUCCGCUCCAUUAGGAGACAAGCCAGUUGGACCAAAAUAUAUUUAUAUAUAUUUCUACUCGCACUGACUAGGUACAAGACAAAUGAUCUAAUUAACAAUUGUACAUUCAGCUAGUAUACAUGUCAUACUAACCAGCAGAAGGUGUUUGCUACAGGGUGAGGUUUUGUAUUACAGCUUACUGUAGCUUUCAGUUUUUGUUUUUGACCUAUGUUUGUAUUAGGGCUGCACAAUUAUUGUAAACCUAAUCGCAAUAUGAGCAAUAUAAUAGCUACAAAUAAUCGCAGAUGGUUCAUUUAGUCAAAUUUCUGUCUUUUUAAUUCAUUUCUUCCUGGUUGACUAUGUCAUUUCUGGUUGGUGGCUGUGCAUAGUGCAUGAGAGGUACAGACAUUCUGAUGGGUGAGCUUUACAGUUGGUCACAGAGGGUUCUGUGUCUCUUAUGCACUGGGCUUGCUCACCAAUCAGGGGUGGUAAAAAUUAAAGGAGAUAUUUGGAAUAUUGAACUGACAUUCACUGACGUUCAACAAUCAUAUCGCAAAUCACAGUCUCAAUCCGAAUAUCUGUCAGAAAAAUUGCAAUUAGAUAUUUUCCUGAAAUGGUGCAGCCCUAGUUUGUAUACAUUAUCUUCCGGUCCUCUCAUUGGUCUAAUUUUAUUGGAGGCAUUUUUCCGUUGACAUUCCUUGUGUGCCAGGACCACAGUGUGCCAGCUCUGAUAGAUCAGCUGGCUGGAGUUCACCCUAAUGGAGCUGGUCACUUAGUGCCUGUUUGGAGAGAGAGUGUGUCUAUGCAGAGUGAUAGCGUAGUGUCUGUUUGGAGAGGGUGUGUGUUUGUGCAGAGUGAAUGCGUAGAGUCUGUGCAGAAGGAAAGUCUGGGUGUUUGAGGUGUGAGUCUUAAAAGCUUCUCUGUUUGAAGUCUAUUAUUAUCAUUGAGAAUAACUUCCUGCUGUGCAGUGUGGGUAUUGUAAAUCCUAAAUGGCCUUCAUGGCUGUGGGAUCAUUCCAAUUUAUUUGCAUAAAUUAUUUUAAGAUGUGAAUCUUACUUACUGAAACAUCGCCUGACAUAUACAGAGUAAUUUAAUUUAAUAUUUGGAUGUCUAAAAUGUUUUUUAUUUGGUUACAGAGAUAACUGUUUUGUAUUUCUAUCUUAAUUAUGUCUCAAGCACCUGCAUUUGUAGCAUUGACAACUGUGCGUAAUAUUCUUUUUGUUUAGAUAUUUAAAUCACCUUUUAAUUUAAUACAUUUUUAAUUUAUGUUAAUGCACUUACACUCCAUAAAAUAGAGUUCUGCUGAGAACUGAACUGCACUGUACUGUUUAAAUGGUAAUGUAAUCCAAUUGCAAUGACUGCUACUAUUUUAAAGCCUUUUACCGUUCUACUUUGUAGAGGUAUUUCUGUCCUAAUGAAGUCCUAGUUUGCACGUGCAGUUAUCAGGGAGGUUAAAAGCCAAACUGUACAUCUGUAUUGUGACUGUCUGAAGAUUGUUUGACUCUCACUCACCUGUUCAGUGGUUUUCACUCUGACUGUUUCAAAUAAAACAUUUAAAAAUUCAAAUGUA